AUGGAAGAUUAUGGGCGAAAAACAAGCAUGGACCGUACCAAAUUGCAGAGGAUCAAAACGAUGCUCCCGCGACUGCUGAAAAAAACUGUCUCGCAUAGCAGCACCUCUACGCAGGCUAGCUCCCCAACUUCCUGCGGCUCCUUGGAUAACGAUACCGCAGAGUCUAUUUUGUCAGUAGAUGAUUUUGCCGACGCUUUCGAAGAACUCCCUCCCCACUGGGAAGUCCGCUACGAUCCCGUUCUACAGCUGUAUUACUAUGUCAAUUUGCACGAAAAGAUUUCGCAGUUUGACAGUCCGCUCGAGGUCGUCAAACAUUUAAUUCAUUAG